GAAAGGAACAGCUGGACCUUCGAGGUUUGCUUGGUGCGUGGCGAUUGGAUAGUGCCGGCUGUGGAUGGAGCUGGCAAGUAAGUUGCUGGUAGGAAACGGUGGCAGAACUGGCCGAGAGGUUUAGACCAGGAGAUCCCGAGCAACCAAAAGUUAACAGAAGUUAACAACCUAUUUCCUCGAUUUUGAAAGUUUUUAUUCGACAGAGAGGAUAAUUUUUUUGGUUCUUCCCUCGUUUAUGCGUAGUUGCUAAUAAGGACUGAUGGGGCUUGCGAGGUGCUGAAUGGAAUUCGCGAUGGCAUGACCGCUGUCCUGUUUGAUUGACACGGAUUUGAAGCAACACCUCGCACCAUGGGCGGUCUCCUAACAUUGCUCGUCUUGAGCACCUUAAUGGCGGUUGCGUCAUUCGUGGUCGGGUCGCUACCGCUCUCGUUCACGCUCUCUUCAUCGCAACUCCGACUUAUAUCGGCCCUUGGAAUGGGCGUGCUGGUUGGAACUUCUCUCAUAGUCAUUGUGCCUGAGGGGGUAGAGACAUUAUACGGUUCAACAGGGUCUUCGCAUAGCCAUGUUCACCGGAGAGAUGUCGCAGCGCAUGGACUAAAUGUUCUAUGGAAUCACUCACCAGUGCCAGUCGUACUACCUCGUGACAAGCCGGAUGAUGGUCAUGCGGUGCCCGAACCGCCUCCAAUCGUGAAAGAACCUCCUACCGCCCCUGAUAAUAACACACCUAAAGAUAAAGCAGAGCCAGGAAAGGAUUCUGAUAAUAACAACAAUGAGCACCAGAACACCGGGGAGCAGGCGCCAAAAGAACAAAAAGAGGAAAGCUCCCCUCAUGCUUGGAUAGGCAUCGGGUUGAUAAGUGGCUUUAUCCUGAUGUACCUGAUAGAUCAGCUCCCCCAGUACGCGGCGACGUCUUCAAAACAGCAAAACCGUCCGUAUCACAUAUCCUUGGAUAAUCUUGGCUCCGGCCUUGGUCGAGGAGUCUCUCCGUCUCGAACGGGAGGGGGAUUCUUCGAUUUUGGUACCGGAGCGAGACAUUCUCAGAGCUUCGCAACCACUACGGGACUGGUAAUACAUGCGGCAACGGAUGGAAUUGCCCUUGGCGCAUCAUCCUCGAACACUAGCCUCAGUCUUAUCAUUUUCAUCGCGAUCAUGGUCCACAAGGCGCCAGCAUCUUUUGGCUUGACUUCGGUGUUGCUGAAGCAAGGAUUAUCCAUUCGAGCUGCUAGAGGCCAUCUUUUAGUGUUCAGCUUAGCUGCACCAGUUGGAGCUAUUUUAACUUGGCUUGUUGCCCAUACUGUGCUAGCCGGCCAUGCGAGUGACGAGCAAGCCACACAGUGGAGGACUGGGAUGCUGCUUUUGUUUUCUGCAGGCACAUUCUUAUAUGUUGCCAUGCAUACCAUGCAGGAAAACAUAAUGGAAACCACACGACGGGAUACCGCAGUCAACGGGUAUAAUGAGGGAAGAGAGUCUUCGUCCCCCAAGAAAUCCAUGAGAGAUCUAAUCGCUUCUAUCGUUGGCAUGAUCCUCCCAUUGUUCCUGCAGAUUGGUCAUGCUUAAGGUUACAAUAUAAUAUAUCUAGCAGACUUUGCAGUGCAAAAUAUGCUGGCCCGGGAGUCUUAAAAUCUGUUCGAUUCUUGUACAGUACCAUAUGGGUAUGGUUAGGAAAAGGGACCAGUUCUGUUUAGAGACAAUGAGAGGUCUUGGUAUUGGUUGUGCCUCUUAGUUUUAGAAGUCUUUAAGGUGUUAAGAUGUGUUGGAUCUUCUUCAUUACAUCUUGGCCAGUUCUAGCUUCGUUGUCACUAGGCUCUUAGUU